AUGAUCACGUCAACCCCGGGGUACACGCUCCAUGGCAAUCCUGUAACACAGCCGUACACACUUCACGUCAACCCGGGAAAACAACCGUACACACUCCACGUCAACCCCGCAACACAGCCGUACACACUCCACGUCAACCCCGUAAUACAGCCGUACACACUUCACGUCAACCCGGGAACACAGCCGUACACACUCCACGUCAACCCCGCAACACAGCCGUACACACUCCACGUCAACCCCGCAACACAGCCGUACACACUCCACGUCAACCCUGCAACACUGCCGUACACACUCCACGUCAACCCGGGAACACAGCCGUACACACUCCACGUCAACCCUGCAACACAGCCGUACACACUCCACGUCAACCCGGGAACACAGCCGUACACACUCCACGUCAACCCCGCCACACAGCCGUACACACUCCACGUCAACCCUGCAACACUGCCGUACACACUCCACGUCAACCCGGGAACACAGCCGUACACACUCCAUGUCAACCCGGGAACACAGCAGUACACACUCCACGUCAACCCUGCAACACAGCAGUACACACUCCACGUCAACCCGGGAACACAGCCGUACACACUCCAUGUCAACCCGGGAACACAGCAGUACACACUCCACGUCAACCCUGCAACACAGCCGUACACACUCCACGUCAACCCCGCAACACAGCCGUACACACUCCACGUCAACCCAACAACACAGCCGUACACACUCCAUGUCAGCCCGGUAACACAGCAGUACACACUCCAUGUCAACCCCGCAACACAGCCGUACACACUCCACGUCAACCCCGGAACACAGCCGUACACACUCCACGUCAACCCCGCAACACAGCCGUACACACUCCAUGUAAACCCGGUAACACAGCAGUACACACUCCAUGUCAACCCCGCAACACAGCCGUACACACUCCAUGUCAGCCCGGUAACACAGCAGUACACACUCCAUGUCAACCCCGCAACACAGCCGUACACACUCCAUGUCAACCCCGGAACACAGCCGUACACACUCCACGUCAACCCCGCAACACAGCCGUACACACUCCACGUCAACCCCGGAACACAGCCGUACACAUUCCACGUCAACCCUGCAACACAGCCGUACACACUCCACCCGUACACACUCCAUGUCAACCCCGCAACACAGCCGUACACACUCCACGUCAACCCCGCAACACAGCCCUACACACUUCACGUCAACCCCGCAACACAGCCGUACACACUCCACGUCAACCCCGCAACACAGCCCUACACACUUCACGUCAACCCCGCAACACAGCCGUACACACUCCACGUCAACCCCGCAACACAGCCGUACACACUCCAUGUCAACCCCGCAACACUGCCGUACACACUCCAUGUCAACCCCGCAACACAGCAGUACACACUCCACGUCAACCCCGCAACACAGCCGUACACACUCCAUGUCAACCCCGCAACACUGCCGUACACACUCCACGUCAACCCCGCAACACAGCCCUACACACUUCACGUCAACCCCGCAACACAGCCGUACACACUCCACGUCAACCCCGCAACACAGCCCUACACACUUCACGUCAACCCCGCAACACAGCAGUACACACUCCACGUCAACCCCGCAACACAGCCGUACACACUCCAUGUCAACCCCGCAACACUGCCGUACACACUCCACGUCAACCCAAAAACACAGCCCUACACACUUCACGUCAACCCUGAAACACAGCCGUACACCCUCAACCCGUACACCCUCAACGUCAACCCCGGAACACAGCCGUACACACUCCACAUCAACCCCCCAACACAGCCGUACACGCUCCACGUCAACCCUGAAACACAGCCGUACACCCUCAACGUCAACCCCGGAACACAGCCGUACACGCUCCACGUCAACCCUGAAACACAGCCGUACACCCUCAACGUCAACCCCGGAACACAGCCGUACACGCUCCACGUCAACCCCACAACACAGCCGUACACCCUCAACGUCAACCCCGGAACACAGCCGUACACGCUCCACGUCAACCCUGAAACACAGCCGUACACGCUCCACGUCAACCCCACAACACAGCCGUACACGCUCCACGUCAACCCUGCAACACUUACAACCCUCAUAGCACCCUAUUGCUCCUCGUGA